AUGGACACGCCACUGCACGAAGGCAGCUUCGUGAGCCCUGAUCAAUCAACCCGGGAACUAGACGGCAAUGUUAGUCACUCGACUCGGGAAGCUAAUAGCAACAUUGUUUCUGGGAACUCCAGGUUUCACACUGGUGACCGAGAUAAUUCGAGUCACUGGGCCGUCAAUACCAAGAACCACAGCAAGCUCAUCACCGCCAUUGUCGUUUUUGCUGUGAUCCUAGCAGCUGUCCUCGGCGGCGUCCUUGCGACACAACUCAACAAACAAAGAGACACCUCCUCGGUGACCAAUCCAUCAUCUACUACAGAUCAGCAAGCUGCCACCUCUUCCACAUCCUCGGACGCGACACCGCUCUCGACGACUGCCCCUUCACAACCGACACCAAGUACCGCAAACUCAUCCUCAGGGUCGGUCAGCCAGUACUUUUACAGCAACUGCACAGGCAACGUCAAUUUCUACGGGCAUGCAUCCACCACAUGCAGCCUCCAACAAGGCGCCUCGAUCGGGUACACCCUCAGCGGGACCUGCCAGCUGCUCCUAUUCAGCGACAAGGCUUGCACGGUUGGGACGGAGACAAUCCCCGCGACGUUGAAGGACUGCCGGGACUUUUCCGGCACUGGUGGCUCGUAUAAGUUUGUCUGCUGA